AUGAUGAGCUUCAGCGGCGCCGAUGCGCUGCUGGGCUCCCCGUUCGCGCCGCUGCCAGGAGGCAGCGGCCUGUACUACUCCCCGAGCCGCAAGGGCGGUGCGCGCUCGGCGGCCAGCUCGUCCAGUGGCUUCCAUUCGUGGGCGAGGGCCUCCGCGAGCUCCGUGUCCGCCUCUCCGAGCCGGUUCCGCAGCGCCCCCGCCACCUCGAGCACCGAUUCGCUGGACACCUUGAGCAACGGGCCCGAGGGCUGCGUGGUGGCGGCGGCGGCGGCGCGCAGCGAGAAGGAGCAGCUGCAGGUGCUGAAUGACCGCUUCGCCGGCUACAUCGACAAGGUGCGGCAGCUCGAGGCGCACAACCGCAGCCUGGAGGGCGAGGCGGCGGCGCUGAGGCAGCAGCAGGCGGGCCGCGCCGCCAUGGGCGAGCUGUACGAGCGCGAGGUGCGCGAGAUGCGCGGCGCUGUGCUGCGCCUGGGCGCUGCGCGCGGCCAGCUGCGCCUGGAGCAGGAGCACCUGCUGGAGGACAUCGCACACGUGCGCCAGCGCCUGGACGACGAGGCCCGGCAGCGGGAAGAGGCCGAGGCGGCGGCGCGCGCCCUGGCUCGCUACGCGCAGGAGGCCGAGGCGGCGCGCGUGGAGCUGCAGAAGAAAGCGCAGGCGCUCCAGGAAGAGUGUGGCUACCUGCGGCGCCACCACCAGGAAGAGGUGGGCGAGCUGCUCGGCCAGAUCCAGGGCUGCGGCGCUGCGCAGGCGCAGGCGCAGGCCGAAGCGCGGGAUGCCCUCAAGUGCGACGUGACGUCGGCGCUGCGUGAGAUCCGCGCGCAACUCGAGGGCCACGCGGUGCAGAGCACGCUGCAGUCAGAGGAGUGGUUCCGAGUGAGGUUGGACCGACUGUCGGAGGCAGCCAAGGUGAAUACAGAUGCCAUGCGCUCCGCGCAGGAGGAGAUCACAGAGUACAGGCGUCAGCUGCAGUCCAGGACCACAGAGCUGGAGGCCCUCAAAGGCACCAAAGACUCGCUGGAGAGGCAGCGCUCCGAGCUGGAGGACCGGCAUCAGGCUGACAUCGCAUCCUACCAGGAGGCCAUCCAGCAGCUGGACACGGAGCUGAGGAACACCAAGUGGGAGAUGGCAGCCCAGCUUCGGGAGUACCAGGACCUGCUCAAUGUCAAGAUGGCUCUGGAUAUUGAGAUUGCUGCUUACAGAAAACUCCUGGAGGGAGAAGAGUGUCGGAUUGGCUUUGGCCCGAGUCCUUUCUCCCUUCCUGAAGCACUUCCCAAAGUUCCCUCCGUCUCCACCCACAUAAAGGUCAAGAGUGAAGAGAAGAUCAAGGUGGUAGAGAAGUCAGAGAAAGAAACGGUGAUUGUGGAGGAGCAGACCGAGGAGAUCCAAGUGACUGAAGAAGUAACCGAAGAGGAAGACAAGGAGGACAAAGAGGAGGAAGGCAAGGAGGAAGAAGAGGGAGAAGAGGAGGAAGCAGAAGGGGGAGAAGAGGAAGCAAAAUCUCCAGAAGAAGAAUCUGGAUCUCCAGAGAAGGCCAAGUCUCCUGCAAAGGAAGAGGCCAAGUCACCAGCUGAGGUGAAGUCUCCAGAGAAGGACGAGGCUAAGUCACCAUCCGAGGUGAAGUCUCCAGAGAAGGACGAGGCCAAGUCACCAGCCGAAGUCAAAUCUCCAGAGAAGGAGGCCAAGUCACCAGCUGAGGUCAAAUCUCCAGAGAAGGAGGCCAAGUCACCAGCUGAGGUGAAGUCUCCAGAGAAGGACGAGGCCAAGUCACCAGCUGAGGUAAAGUCCCCAGCUGAGGUAAAGUCCCCAGAAAAGGCCAAGUCCCCCAUGAAAGAAGAAGCAAAAUCGCCAGCAGAGGUCAAGUCUCCUGAGAAGGCCAAGAGCCCUGUGAAGGAAGAAGCCAAGCCUGCAGCUGAGGUCAAAUCUCCAGAGAAAGCCAAGUCUCCAGUGAAGGAAGAAGCCAAGUCCCCAGUGAAAGAAACAGCCAAGUCGCCCACGGAGGCCAAAUCCCCAGAGAAGGCAAAGAGCCCCGUGAAGGAAGGGGCAAAGUCCCCGGUUGAGGUCAAGUCUCCUGAGAAAGCAAAGACUCCAGUGAAAGAAGAGGCCAAAUCUCCAGCUGAGGUCAAAUCCCCAGAGAAGGCCAAGUCCCCAGAGAAGGCCAAGUCUCCAGUGAAGGAAGAAACUACAUCCCCAGUAGAUGUCAAGUCCCCAGAGAAGGCCAAGUCCCCUGAGAAAGCCAAGCCUCUGGAUGAGAAGUCCCCAGAAGCUAAGACACCAGUGAAGGAGGAAGUCAAGUCCCCUGCAGAUAGCAAGUCUCCUGAUAAGGCCAAAUCGCCCAUCAAAGAGGAGGUUAAGUCCCCAGAGAAGGUCAAAUCACCUGUGAAGGAGGAGACCAAGGCUCCUGAGAAGGAGGCCCCAAAGAAGGAAGAGGUAAAGUCCCCCGUGAAAGAGGAGAAGCCCCAGGAAGUUAAAGCCAAAGAGCCUCCAAAGAAGGUAGAGGAAGAAAAAACUCCAGCUGCACCAAAAACUGAGGACAGCAAGAAAGAGGAGGUACCCAAGAAGGAGACCCCAAAAUCUGAGAUGCAGGAGAAGAAGGAACCAGCUGUCGAGAAGCCCAAAGAACCCACAGGUGAAGCCAAGAAGGAAGAGACGGAAGAUAAGAAAAAGGUAGCGGUCCCGGAGAAGGAAGCUCCUGCCAAGGUGGAGAAGGACGUGGCCAAGAAGGAGCAAGAGGAGGCCAAGGCCAAAGAAGCCAGCAAGCCUGCAGACAAAGAACCAGAAAAGCCUAAAAAGGAGGAGGGAAAAGGAGACGCCAAGGAGGAGAAGGCCACAGAGGCCAAGAAGCCUGAAGAAAAGCCCCAAACGGAGGCCAAAGCUAAAGAGGAGGAAAAGACUGUCGUCAAAGAGCCCAGCAAGGAGGCGGUCAAGCCCAGCAAACCCAAGACGGAGAAGGCAGAGAAGUCCUCCAGCACAGACCACAAAGACAGCAGGCCUCCAGAGGACAAGGCCGCCAAGGAGAAGUAA